ACCAGGAGACAACUGCUGCCACUAUCACAGUCCGGGAAAAUCACCCCUGUCCAGGUGGCAUCCUUCUGAUGUCACAGACUGUGCAAUGCAAUUCAAUUGCCGGCGCUGGGCUGCUCCAGACUGGGGAGAUGACCAGAGCUUCCAGGAUGCAGUGACUUAUGAUGAUGUGCAUGUGAACUUCACUGCAGAAGAGUGGAAUUUGCUGGAUCCUUCCCAGAAGAAUCUCUACAAAGAUGUGAUGCUGGAGACCUACCGAAACCUAACUGCUAUAGGUUACAGCUGGGAAGAUCGUCAUAUUGAAGAACAAUUUCAAAGUUCUAGAAGGCAUGAAAGACAUAAAAGAACACAUACUGGAGAGAGGCCUUAUGAAUGUAAUCAAUGUGGAGAUUACAGUUACAUGAUU